CGGCAAUAGCCGUAUGAACGCCAGACAAAAUGGCGAACAAAUUACCAUGGGGCCUAAAAGGGAGCCGUUUGGCCCCUGGUUCUGCAAAGACCAUCUCCGAAAGCAAGUUGAAAGCUUUCGAGGUGGGAACUAUGAACCUUGGAAAGCAAUCCUUGUCAAAAAAGGAAUUAGAUGAAAUGAGGAAAAAGCAAGAUGCAGAAGCUACAGCACAGGUAUAUGAGGAGUUUGUUGCUUCAUUUGAUGAAGCACAUAAACAAGCCGGCACCAAGAUGUGGGUCAAGGGAGAAACUGUCAACGUUGACAGACCUUUCAGUGGACCUCCGAGAACUCCAAGACACAACUCGGGAGAGAGUAGACCUGACAAGAGCCGGCUGUACAAGCCAACAUCCAAGCUAGCAGAGCUCGCUGCCACAUUCCAGUCUAUGAAGGAAACCAAGAAAGAAGAUGAUAAGCCGAAUUCUAACAAAAAGAAAAGGGGAGAUGAGAAGAAAAAAAGCAAUCUUGAACUCUUCAAAGAAGAAUUGAAACAGAUUCAAGAGGAAAGACAAGAGCGACACAAGCUAAAGAAAGUGUUGAGAGAUUCAGGAGUUGAUCUUCAAGACAGUGACACCAAGAUUUCCCCUUUUCUUGAUCCCAUGGACAUAGGACCUGCUUCACUACGUGGGCCAGGAGACCGAGCAGGGGGAAUUGGAUCGUUCGACCCAGGAGAUGAGAAUACAACCAACAUAUAUGUAGGCAACAUAUGUCCAAAGAUGACAGAGCAACAGCUUUGUGAAACAUUUGGGAAGUAUGGUCCUCUAGCAAGCAUCAAGAUCAUGUGGCCUCGCACAGAAGAAGAGCGUUCCCGUGGAAGAAACUGUGGAUUUGUUGCCUUCAUGAACAGGAAGGAUGGAGAGCGAGCAAUGAACUCUCUACGAGGAAGAGAAGUGAUGGGCUUUGAAAUGAAGCUAGGGUGGGGUAAGGCGGUGCCCAUUCCGCCCCACCCCAUUUAUAUACCCCCAGCUCUGGUUGAGAUGACCCAGCCACCCCCACCCUCAGGACUUCCAUUUAAUGCUCAACCACUGAAGAAGGCAAGACUGGAGAAGUUGUAUGGAAAUAUUCCACCACCAAAAGAUGGAGAAGAUGAACAAUCCAAGGAGGAGAAAGAAAAGACUUUAGCCAACGCUGUUGUCAAAGUGGUUAUCCCCACAGAAAGAAAUCUCCUGUCUCUUAUUCAUCGAUUGGUCGAGUUUGUUGUUCGAGAAGGACCCAUGUUUGAAGCAAUGAUUAUGAAUAGGGAAAUAAAUAACCCUAUGUUCAGGUUUCUGUUCGACAACCAAACACCAGCACACACAUACUACCGAUGGAAGCUUUUCUCAAUUCUUCAGGGAGAUUCGCCGUACACAUGGCGAACAGAAGAGUUCCGUAUGUUCAAGGGUGGGUCUUUGUGGCGACCUCCACCUUUGAACCCGUACACCCAGGGAAUGCCAGAAGAGCUAGUGAGCAAGUCUGCCUAUAGCCUUGAUAUUGACCCAAGCAUUAAGAAGGGGCAGCUCACUGAUAGUCAGCGAGACAGGUUGGAGGACAUGCUGCGAGAGUUGAGUCCGGAGCGACAGAAAAUCGCAGAUGCCAUGGUGUGGUGUCUUGAUCAUGCAGAGUCGGCAGAGGAAGUAGUGGAGUGUAUCGCCGAGUCUCUGUCCAUCCUCCAGACUCCACUCCCCAAAAAAAUUGCACGUCUAUUCCUUGUGUCGGACAUCCUGUAUAAUUCCAGUGCUAAAGUGGCUAAUGCCUCCUACUUCAGAAAGUAUUUUCAAGUCAAGCUUGAAGAAAUAUUCAAAGAUGUACAUGAAGCCUAUGAAAACAUUGAUGGCAGAUUAAAAGCAGAACAGUUCAAGCAAAAAGUCAUGUCAUGUUUCCGCACUUGGGAAGACUGGGCCGUCUAUCCAAACGACUAUCUCAUCAAUCUGCAGAACGUCUUCCUUGGUCUCAUUACACCCAAAGAAGAACCGGAGGUUGAGGAGAAGAUAGAGAAGCCGAUUGUGGACUACCUGGAUGGAGCUCCCAUUGACGAUCUGGACGGUUUGCCACUGAAAGAUAUCGAGUACAUUGAACGCAAAGUCAUUGAGGAUUUGGAUGGGGCACCACUAUCAGACGACUUAGAUGGCAUGCCAUUGGACAAGCCUGAAAAGCCAGCCAAGCAAGAGACGUCUUCAACGGCCCGCUUUGCCCGCUCCAAGUGGGAGGAGGUUGAUGAGACAGAGCUGGAAGCACAAGCCAUGUCAACCUCCAAGUGGGACCUGCUGGACCAGCAGAGUGGGGAGGAGGAAGAUGGGGGAGGACAGGACCAGAUGGUGGGGGAAGACAUUGAUGGAGCUCCUAUGGAGUUUGAGGACAGAGGGCAGGACUCUGAAUCAAGUGAGGACAGUGAUGAUGAUAGCCAGGAGCAAACUACCCCAUACAGGCAGGAGAUGUCUGAGAGGAGAGCCAAGCUGAGAGAAAUAGAGGUUAAGGUGAUGAAAUAUCAGGAUGAGCUGGAAGCUGGACGAAGAUCGCGAAAACCCAACUUAACCUUUGCAGAGCAGAUAGCCCACUAUCGCAAGAAACUCUUACAGAAGGAGACCAGUGAGUCCCCGGGAAGAAUGUCACGUGAGAGGAAAAGACACAGGUCAAGGUCACCAUAUUCACCGUCACUACGUCUUGGCUAUGACAGUCCAAAGCGAUCAAAGAAGAUGAAAAGCCCCAAGAGAUCUCGACGGUCACGUUCACCAAAGUCAAGGUCACCCAGGAAGUCCCCAUCAAGAAGUCCAAGUCGUCAUCGGCACAAACACAAGAAGAACAAAUACCGAGACUGAUGUCUGUGCCUCGCUCAGUAUAACUUGUAUAUAUUGUAAAGACAUUGUACAGUGACACGCUACACCAACAACUACAGUGAUCUCUUCAACCUUCUGCAUGUUUUAAGUCGGUGUUCUAUGAUGAUUUGUUGAAAACUCUAUGGUGUCAAGUCAAAGAGUUUCCUUUUGAUUUACUGCAUUUGUUUAUAAGCUGCCUAUUCACACAAACCAGUCAAGGAAUAUUAAAUGCUGUAAAGAUUAGACCUAAUGCUUGACAAACUUAAUAGAAGUAUAUUGGACUACCACAUAGGGGGACAAAAGUGUUCCCCCUGUGAAAGAAUCCAUUUCCACUGAGUAUUCGACUGUGCUCAGGUUUGAUGCAUUGAACAUGGGGUUUAUGAAGCUUUGCAUCGAUCAAAGCCUAACCUUUAUCAACUGCAGGGAUUAUGCAGAGCCACUUGUUCAGGGGUCAUGUGGUGAUAUUUCUAAAGUUUGUUCUGCAGUAAUUCUAGUCACCUUUACACAUAUCAUUUCAUUUGUACAAUUGACUCAUAAAGGGAUAUGUAUACUUGAAUAUACUACUAGGGAAUUGAAAUCUCAGUUAUUGCAUUUGUAUUGUACAAUUUCUUUGCAGAUGUUAAUAGAAGAAUCAAUUGAAAAGACCAUGGUUGAUAAAAUUGUUUAGGUUUGGCAUUCUUGCAACUCAUUGUCAAACCUCUGUACAAGGUCGUCAUUUUUACAUUCUCUAUAAGUCAUCCAUAUCAAUGGUAGCAUGUGAUGCAUUCAGAGUUCACUGUAGUGAUGCUGGGUUGUGUGAGAUAAGGUAUUAUUAUUAUCCAUUCAUUGUUACCAUUCAUUCAUCACUUCUCAUCACAUUUAAAAUGCAAAUACCAAAUAUACAACUCCAAUGUUCCUGUGUAAGUCCUUUCAAGAUUUCUCCUGUUCCGUACAAAUCACACCAUAUCAAGCACUGUUUCUUGUUUGAAUUGUUUGAAACUUCAGAAGUGUUAGAACACAUACUGUCAGAGGAAUUAAUAGUUUCCAAUGCUGAACAAGCUUUGGAGAAGCCUGAUUUGCAUAGGGAAAUCUGCAAAGAGGAAUUUGAUAUGUUCAAGGUUAAGCUAUAUCCUUCAUUAAGGGUAAUGCUCAACAUGUCAUGUGACAAUUCUACUGUGUUAAACUUUUCAGUCAGUUGUGAAUGUACCAUGCAUGUUAGAACAAGUCUUUUACAAAAUGCUAUAUAUUUUCCUUAUUUAGUUUUAUUAACAAAAGAUUCUGUAUUUCCAGCAGAAAGUUGUAGUUUCUACUAUGAUGAAUCAGUCAAGAUUUGAAGUCCUGUUGUUAUCAUAUAAAGGUGGAUUGAAAUGAUGAAACAUUUGAUUGUGUAAUCAAGGAAUAUUUCUGUUCAGUGAGAUUUUGGAAAUUAAAUUAUUAUAUUUCUUCAAAUUAAAAAGUGACCUUAACAAAUAAUGGUAUGAUAUACAAAUUUGCAAACAAUGACUUCUCAGAAAAUUGGAAUGUGAUCAUCUUCGAGAAUGUUUUAUCACGAGGUGUAUUGACCUUUAUAAUGUUUCCAUCAGCUUUGAAAUUUGCAGCUCCUCCAGUGCUCAAUGAUCAAUCUUUUUCAUAAUUUAUUCAUUGAUAGUGACGUACAUUUUGUGUCAACUCGUUUUUAAUGAUGUUAAUGCAAAAUAUGAAACAUAUGCACUGUUAACUCAUGUUCUAAAGGAUAGAUAUUGUUGAAGCAAUUGCUGUGUGUUUGCAGGGCCAGCUGGUGAAUCAGAGUAAGAUGAAUUAAUGUUUAUAACUGCACAAUAUUUGAAUGUGAUGUACAUUUAUUCUCCCAUCAAGCAAGUCACAUGAUGUUACCAUUGAUGCCAAUCAUGAAAUAAACAUGAACAAGUUA